AUGUCUUGCAGCGAAAACGUCGAUCAUGAUCAACCAUUGGCUCCUCCUCAUUGUUUGAAACAAUUUCAUGACAUUGUUCCGAAAGAAAUCAUGAUUGAAACCUUGACGUAUCUUCCAUUAUCAGAGAUGGGUAAUGUGUUACGAAUUUCCAAAUCCAUUCACACCAUUCUAACAGAAACACCUCUCUAUUUAACAAGAUUAUUGGUGAGCUAUGGAUCCAACAUUGAUUUUCCUCGCUCAACCAUCGACACUCAUUUAAAAACCAUUGAGAAUAUGAGUUCCACAGAAGAUGCACUUGCCCAUUUAACUUGUCUAUUAAAAGAAAUGAUUGACUAUCAUAAAGAGUUGGAAGCCAAAAGAAAGGAGGAAGAGAUGAGACGAAAGCUCACGCUUAGAAAAAUUGCAGAAAUAGAGAAAAUAAAAGAGAGAUUGGAACAAGAGAAACAACAAAGACAAGCGAAAGAGAAAGAGGCGUUCAUGAGACUACAAAUGAAUCGUGGAAAUGAUCACACAAAAUAA